GAACUUGUUAGUCGUUCGAUUUCAACCAAAAUAGCUUGGGGUAUUUAUCAACGAAAGUAGCUCAGGUUAAUAGAUCCAUCUCGGUGAAGGACGAAAAAAAUGAAUCUGAGUGUUUGGAUUUCGAUUCUCUUAGUUUUCGCGAUAUUUUGUGCAGUAUGUGAGGGUCGUGGGAGUAGAGGAGGAGGGUCGCGUGGAGGCUUUCGGUCCUCGUCAUAUCGCUCGUACCGGUCUGGUUCCAGAUCAUACAGGUCCUACCGGUCGAGCAGUUCGACACGCGUUCGUGUGCGCUACUACAGCGGACCCAGCUAUACGAGGGGGUCAUGGCAGACUGCAGCAGCGAUAGGGACUGUGUAUGGCCUCUCGAGCUACAGGCAGAGAAGUCUCUACUACCGGUACCCUGACAGAGAGCCUACAAUUUGCUACAAUGAGGUGAACUUAAAGAACAGCACAUUCGGGUACUUUAUCUGCCCCGAGACCAACAUGACGGACUCGUUUGACAAGUGCUGUGGUGACUCUGAUGAGCAGAGGUGUUGUGACUAUCUGGAGUACACGGCAGAACGCAGACAGGCCAAUAUCAUUGGAAUCGUGGUUGGUGUCAUCGUAGGCUGCAUAGUGGUCGCAGCAAUCAUCUACAUCGUCAUUGUGCGACGUAGAAGAGCAGCUAGGCAAGGGGCGGUCAUCCAGAAACAGCAUACUGCCACGUACUCUCAGCCACCUCCAGUUGGUCAACCCUAUGGUCAUCAAGGCUAUGUUGAAGGGUCAAUCCCCUGAAUUCUUACACUGACCAACCACAGCCCCCUGCGGGCCCCGGGGGUUUCAUGGGCAACACCCCUCGGGCCCGGGCUUUGGAGAAGGCAAUGGAAUAGCACAGGGACAGAACUAUGACUAUGCUGCUAACUCCCAGCCCGGCUACACUGCCUACCCACCACCAAACAAACCAGUGGGAUUUGAAGACAUGGGAAAAUCUGCACUGCCUGAGGGUGAGGUUUCUGGCCCCGCCCCCUUCCAGCCCUACAGCUACCCUCCCCACACCCCUGGGGCCAGCUAUCCACCCCACCCAUGGGGAUGGGCUAUGACCAGCAAGGUGUCAACCAGCAGUACCCCUCUGCUCCGCCCCCACCGUAUUCUGGGUAAUCAACUUCACGGAGCCUACCUGUAACAACCACCAAACUUGAAUUCCUUUACCACUCAGAUACGCACUUUGCUGACUAGAUUGAAGUUGUAACCCUUUACCACUCAGAUAUGCACUUUGUGACUAGAUUGAAGUUGUAACCCUUUACCACUCAGAUAUGCACUUUGCUGACUAGAUUGAAGUUGUAACCCUUUACCACUCAGAUACGCACUUUGCUGACUAGAUUGAAGUUGUAACCCUUUACCACUCAGAUACGCACUUUGCUGACUAGAUUGAAGUUGUAACCCUUUACCACUCAGAUACGCACUUUGCUGACUAGAUUGAAGUUGUAACCCUUUACCACUCAGAUACGCACUUUGCUGACUAGAUUGAAGUUGUAACCCUUUACCACCCUUUUUGACUGGGUUGUAGUCCCUUAGAAAAUUAAAUUAAAUGAAAGACUUUUUUUAAUAGAUUCAAAUUUAAGGUUUUUUUUUACCCUUAAAUACUGAUGAGCAGCAAACAGCAUAAAACCUGACCAGACUCCGAGUUACUCGCAGACUGUUCUGGUUUUAUGUUGGUUG